AUGGAUCGUAUUCGUUGGAGUGAAAAAUCAAUUCCAUUUCGAAGUCUUGUAAACAAUCCAGCUAUAUCAAAGCCGGCACUUGUUCAAAUUGGUAAUAAAGCUAUUAUAGUUGGAGAAAAAAUCAAUGGAGAAUUUAUUAUGGCAUCACCUUGUAAAGUAUCUGAUAAUCGAUUUGAUGUUAUGGAACAAGAAAUUAUUUUAUCAAGCAAACAUACAGGUAUAUGGAGAGUAAUAUCAAUAGCAACAUCAAAAAAAGAAGGUCAUCUUCAUCGUUUAACUACGAGUGACCUUGAAAGAAUUCAUAAACAAGAUAUUUUUAAUGAACGUCUCUUUCCUCGUUCAUAUAUUUGCAUACGAGAUGUUGAAGCAUUUGAAUUGAUUGUUCAUAGUAACGAUGCAUCAAUUCUUAAUGGCAAUCGAGUAGAUCGUCGUAUGAAACAAAUUGAAGAGAAUGUUGAAUUUGAAAUAUUGGAUACUGGUGAAGUUGAAUAUACACCAACCGAAGGUGAACGUACAUCACAAGAUUAUGCAAUGGUACCAAAAGCUAAACAAGCAAUAUUUUUACAACUUCUUUUACCCGGUAUUUUAGCACAAGAACAAGUCAUACGUAAUCGUGUUGUACGUGUACUUCAUUGUGCAACAAAAAAUGAAACACGUCAACGUCAUUUUCUUCUUGAAGUUAAUGAACAACCAUGUGAAAUACGUCCAAUUGCAUCAGAUGGAUCAACGGAAUUACGUUAUCUUCAUUCAACACAAAAUCUAUAUGAUUAUAUGUCAAGUUAUGGAAAUGAUACAAUUCUAUAUGUUAAACUACUUCGAGGUGAUCCACCAAUGAAAGCAAUUAAAUUUGAUGGUUAUAUGGUUUUAAAAAGUACAUUAAAUGGUGAUCAAAUUCCCAUAUGUCGUGUUGAAGAUCUUGAAGUAACACUUGUUAGUACAGAUCUUCCUAUUAAAGUUCGAUUACCAACAAAAAGUGAACAUAUAUGGCGUUCAUUAUCUGAAGUUCGUGCAGCUGAAAUUCAAUGUAUGCAAUUAUCACUUGCUUUACUUGCUCGACAUGAAUCAGAAAUGUAUGUUACAACAGAAACACCAAAACAUACACUAAAUUAUUUAGAAUCAAAUUAUAAUCAGGAAAUGAAUUCUCAUAAAUCAUCUGAUAUAAUUAAAAAACAUAUUGAAGAAUGUGAAAAAGUUUUUGGAAAUAAUAAUAAUAAUAAUAUUACAAAACCAAAAAUGAAACCUAAAGAUAAUUUACGUACACAUCAAACAACAGAAAAACAAUUAAACAAUCUUCAAAGACAUAGUUCUACUCAUCAACAUCAUCAUCAACCUUCGUCAAUAUUUCAAGAUGUAUCAAAUAAAACAAUGGCACAUUCAUCACAUCAUCAUCAUCAUCAACGUUCGUCAAUAUCUCAAGACGUGUCAAAUAAAACAAUGGUACAUUCAUCACGUCAUCAUCAACCUUCAUCAGUAUCUCAAGAUGUAUCAAAUAAAACCAUGCCACACUCAUCACAUCAUCAACCUUCAUCAAUAUCUCAAAGUACAUCAAAUAAAAUCAUGCGAAAUUCAUCACAUACUUCUUCCAGUAAACCUAGUCGAAUGAUUGAUAAACGAUCAACAUCGACUGAAUAUAUAGAACAAGAUAAUUCAUAUAAUCGUUUUCAUCGAACACCUAUUAAAAAGAAUCGAAUACCUUCUUCUUCUUCUUCUUCUGCUUCGCACAAUCAAAAAACGAAAAUAAAUAUGAAUUAA